AUGGCCAGUUUCAUGAGCUACUUCGGAGCUGGGAGGAAAGAUCCCAAGCAGACAGCUCGCGACGCAAUCGUCGGACUGCGGCAACAACUACAGAUGAUCGAGAAGAAGGAGGAAUAUCUGCAGAGAAAAAUUGAAGAAGAAACAAAGAAAUCUAGGGCAAACGCUGUGUCCAAUAAGGCUGCGGCUCUCGCCGCGCUGAAGCGAAAGAAGGUGACUGAAAGCGAACUUGAUCGGCUUGCUGGAACACGCCUUCAAUUGGAGAUGCAAGUAAAUACCCUUGAAUCAGCCAAUCUAAACGCCGAAACGAUGGCGGCGAUGAAGAAGGCAUCCGAUGCUCUCAAGGUCAUUCACGGUAAUCUGACCAUAGACAAGGUCGAUGCUACUAUGAACCAAGUAAACGAACAAAGAGAGCUCGCCAACGAUAUUGCAGAGGCACUUGCUAAUCCUAUGUACACGGGCAUCGACUUGGAUGAGUCCGAACUGGAGGCAGAUUUAGAAGAGCUGCAACAAGAUGUAUUGAACGAGAGAUUAAACGAAGCGGAUCACGCACCCGUACAUCUGCCGCCAAAUGCUACCAGGGCCGAAGAAAAAUCACGGAGACCCGCUGUGGCAGAGGACGACGAAGAGGAACAGCUCAAGCAGCUGCAGGCAGAGAUGGCAAUGUAA